AUGAAUUCAAUGGCCUCUAUGGCUGACCGAAAGGCUGCAGCAUCUGAUUAUAUGCCACCUCCUACGUUCAACAUGCCGGCUCGUCGCGAAGUGCAUGUGCCAUCAGAUUCGGUAGCGGAGCGAAAAGUGCGACAAGCCAUUGAAGACUCGGCAUCGAGAAACGCGGAGCUCCUCGGCGAGCUUGGGGCUACGGCCCAUGCACCCGGCCUAUUUAACAACAACCAGGUCAAGAUUGAACAUGUUGACAAACGACUGGCUGAUCUCGAGCCAGAGGUCGAGAAGGCCAUUGCCGCCGCCAACCUGCAGCUCAAGCACCACAAGAGCUAUAGGGACUCGGUGGCUAAGAAAUUCGUCUACACCGUGCUGAAGAAGAAGAGUGCCUUUGAGGACAAGGCCAUGCGAGAGGAGAAGGCCUACCACGAAGUGCUUGAGAAGCGUCAUAAAGCUGAAGCAAAGUUGAAGGAUCUUCAGGCAGAUAAAGAGGCACUGACUGUCGAGAUGAAGGAUUUGCAAGAACUGGUGGGACGACACGGCACUGCACACAAAGAAAUCGACGCUCUGUACUCGCGCAUUUUUGAUGGUCCUACGGCGGGAUUCGCAGACGAGGAUGAACAGGAAGAGACACACAAACUUGCAAAAUUGGCACUACAGGAGAGGACAGAAGCACUCAAGGCGGCUGUUCGAGGCAUCAAAGCCGCCCAAGCAGUCAAAGUAGCCAUCGAACGCGCCUCAUUUGAGAAGCAGCGCGCAGCCUUCGAGAACCACUCCGAUAUCUUUUCUCAGCGUGGCGUUCAUACAGUUCUGAAACGCUGCGUCGCUUAUAUUAAUCGCGGACUCGAACUCAGCGACGAAGCCGUCGAAGCUAUAAAGGCGACACCUGGGCCGGACUUGGUACAGGCCAAGGACAGUCUUGAUCGGCUUUUCCACACUGCUAGAGCGACAGCACAGGAGCGCUACACCAACAAGUCGCAAAAUGCCGAUCUUAUAGAAAGACUAGGAGCUACACUGGCACAAGCAUUGUUUGCCCAAAAACAGUAUGUUGAGGCCAUGAAGAAAGUCACAGAGUCACGAAGAGAAUCGAUUCGGAGGACAGCAAGAGCUUUAGAGGAUGAGCGACGCGCCUUGCAGCAGCUCCGACAAAGCGCAUUCGAGACUACCGUUGGCUUCGGUGCCGCGGCUCCUGCGUAUCACGAAUGCUGCGAUCGAGCUCCUGGGUUUGAGCAAGAUUCCCAUCAGCAAACCACAUCUAUCACUGAGCCGGUUGUUUUGGAGCUUCCUGAAGAAACAGAGGCUCCUCCUGACUACGUGUACGACCAAGAUGGACAAGCGCCCCCGGCAGCAGGGGGAGAACCUGGACCAGACUCUCAGAACCACGGCACUCCUCUUCGUGGAGAAGUUACCCUUUUCAACCCACGAGGUCUGCAGGAGGUUACCUAA